AGACAAGGGUGUUAUUUAUUUUGGCUAGUCUCAAAAAGAGUAAAAAAGAAGAAAAUUCAUCUGUCAAAUGUCACACAUGUAAAUAUUGUUUAGAUCUCAAAAAUUGUAGAAGCUGAUUGAUGAGGUGGUCAAUCAACAACUCAAUUACACUUUUCACUUUAUUAUAAUAAUAUUUUGCACAAAAAGUAAACGUGAACAAAUAAUAAACUUAUUUAGCGGGAGCGCGAGAGAGAAAUUCGACCUUGACAAAAAUGACAGGUGAAGUCUUUCAUUCCUCUUUUCACAUUGUCCGCGACAGUGACUGGGCAACCAGCCACCACGAAAACACCCAUUAGCUCGCUCCGAAUUCUCACACUUAAAAAUUAUACAUGAAAUAUUUAACUCUCGUCUAGGAUAAUUUAGGAAAUUACCCGGCAGUAUUAUUAGCACUUUUCGUUUCAUUUUAAAUUCCACAUUAAAGGCGUCUCCACGAAUCCAAUAUUCCGAUUUAAUGAGCCACAAAUUACCGACUCCCCUUUGAUCUCUACCACACGCCAACGCCUCAUGAAUUAAUCCACAAACACCACAUAUAUAAAAGAAGAAAUGUCCAAGCAAAAACCCCUCAAUUCAAACCAAACAUGCCCGACUCAUACCCCGAAGAUUUCUUCGUCGUCAACCGAUGGAUAUUAAAAUUCGCCGGCAUGUGGCGACCAGACACCGACAACGUCAUCAUACAAGCCCUAUACACGACCUACGUCAUCGGGAUAUUCCUCUUCGUCAACAUCUUCUUCACCUCCACCGAAUUCCUCAGCCUGCUCUACACCUACGGCAACGAAUACGAUUUGAUCAAGAACAUCAGCUUCGCCUUGACGCACCUCAUGGGCGCCGUUAAAGUGGUUUUCUUCUACUACCAAGGGCGCAACCUCAAGUCCAUCAUGAGCACGCUGGAGAGCGACGAGUUGCGCUACGAGUCCUGCGAGAAAUCCGGGUUCUUCCCCGGUUUAGUGGCGAAAUCGUACAAGCGCACCGGCAUCAAGUACACCGUGAUAUUCUUCAUGAUGGCCCACGCCACCUUGACUUCCUCUUAUCUACCGCCUACUAUAGCGGCUCUGAAAUACAACGAGGACGAUCCGGAGAGCCUCCUGCCCGACAGGCUGCCCUACUACAGCUGGAUGCCCUUCGGAUUCGACACCGCUGGGACUUACUUAAUCGCUUUGGGUUACCAAGCUAUACCUAUGUUCUCUUACGCUUACAGCAUCGUCGGUAUGGACACUCUGUUCAUGAACAUAAUGAAUUGCGUCGGAAUGAAUUUGGAGAUCAUCCAAGGGGCUUUCCUUUCGAUUCGCGAUAGAUCGUUGGAGAAAAUCGACGGGGCUCCGUUGACUGCGGACGGAUUGUACAACACGGCCGCUUUGAAUGGCGUCAUGAGAGCGGAGAUGAGGAAAAUCAGCAAACAUUUGCAGACCGUUUACAGGAUGUGCGAACGAUUGGAAGACGUCCACAAGUUUCUGACGCUCGCUCAAACCGUCGCUACUCUAUUUAUAAUAUGCUCUUGUUUGUAUUUAGUAUCGUCGACGCCGAUAGGCAGCAAAGCAUUCCUAGCGGAAAUAGUCUACCUAAUAGCCAUGGGUUUCCAAUUGACCCUCUACUGUUGGUUCGGCAACGAAGUCACUCUAAAAGCCAACGAAAUGCCGUUCUACAUAUGGCAAUGCGAUUGGCUGACGGCCGACGACGAUUUCAAGAAAUCCAUGAUCAUGAGCAUGGCCAGAUCGAAGAAACCCGUCUAUCUAACGGCCGGCAAAUUCGCCCCUCUCACUCUACCCACCUUCGUAGCAAUACUGAAAGCUUCGUACUCGUUCUUCGCAGUCAUCAAAAACACCAGCGAGUAGAAUCCACUACGAAAACACAACGGUAUAAUAUAUCUUCAACUUAGAGCAUAAAUAUAUGAGCAGCAUACGUAAUCAGACUUUCUUCACCGUAUCGUACACAUCGAGUCGCCUUUGCUCGAAAAUGGGUAUUUGCUGUCGGACCGCAUCGCAUUGGGCCGUAUCGAUAUCGGCGUAGAUGAUCUCCUCGUGUUCCUUGGCCUGCGCUAGGACUUUGCCCCAGGGAUCGGUGAUCUGCGAGUAGCCGUAGGCCCUGUAGCCUUUGGCGGAGCGCGCGGGGCUCACGGCGCACACGAACACCUGAUUAUCGGCGGCCCGGGCGCGCUGGAGCAGCUCGAAGUGCAUGGGGCCCGUGGUCGGGUUAUUUACCUGGGUAAACGAGCAUGUUGCAACCGAGCAGCCGGUAUAAUUUAGCGAGUUCCUCGAAGCGCAAGUCGUAGCACACCCCCAAGCCGAUUUUGACGUCGUGCAUAUCGAAGGUAACCGGUUGGUUACCGGCCGAAAGUAUAUCGGACUCUUUGAAGGUUAUUUUGCCGGGUAUGUCGAUGUCGAAGAGGUGCAUUUUGCGGAAUUUGGCGAUCAAAUCGCCGUCGGGGUUCCACACGGUGCAGGUGUUGUAGAACUUCUGGUUGUCUUUGUCGAUCUCCGGGAGGGUGCCACCGAUUAGGUAGACGGAAUGGUCUCGGGCGGCUUUGGAGAGGGCCUCGCAGGUGCGGCCCUGCGGCACCGAUUCGGCGUAUUGUUUGAAGAAAUUCACGCCGUAGGGGGAGUUGAAGCAUUCGGGUAGGGCGAUUAGUUCGGCGCCCGAUUCUUUGGCUUGGGCGAUGUGCUUGGCGGCGUUGUCGAGGUUUUUCGUUAGGUCGGCGCCCACUUGCAUUUGGAUCAAGGCCGUUCUGAAGCACCUCAUGUUCGUUGCGGGUUGGAAUUCGGUGUAAUUUACAUAAAAAAAAGUAAAUAUUAAAAUUAGGUUAGAUAAGCGAAUGUCAUUGUUUGACGUAAAUGUCAGUGACGGAUAGUCUCUACCUAAAGC